AUCUAUACCGGUGGGCGUUGUCCUGUUGGUGCUCAGAGCAACUGCCCUGUUUUCCUCUCAAUCUUCUCUGAGCAGGACUGCAGAAGAAGAAAGCAGCUACCAUGGCACCUGGGAAGAAGAACAGAGUGUUUGUUAUCGGUGUGGGCAUGACGAAGUUUGACAAGCCUGGAGCCAGAAAGGACUAUGACUACCCUGAUAUGGCCAAAGAAGCAGGUGAAAAAGCUCUAACGGAUGCAGGGGUCCCAUAUUCAGCCAUUGAACAAGCCUGUGUUGGGUAUGUUUAUGGGGACUCCACAUGUGGCCAGAGAGCUAUUUACCACAGCUUGGGUCUGACAGGAAUCCCCAUCAUCAAUGUGAACAACAACUGCUCCACUGGCUCCACUGCUCUCUUCAUGGCUCGACAGCUGAUACAGGGAGGUCUUGCUGACUGUGUGCUUGCCCUUGGUUUUGAGAAGAUGGAGAGAGGCUCCUUGACUUCUAAGUACAUGGAUAGGACCAGUCCAAUGGACAAGCACAUGGAGGUGAUGAUCGACCGCUAUGGGAUGGCGGCAGCACCAGGAGCACCGCAGAUGUUUGGCAAUGCUGGCAGGGAGCAUAUGGAGAAAUAUGGCACAAAACCAGAACACUUUGCUAAGAUUGCCUGGAAAAACCAUAGGCAUUCCACCAAUAACCCGUAUUCCCAAUUCCAGGAUGAGUACAGUUUGGAGCAGGUGAUGAACUCCAGGAAGGUGUUUGACUUUCUUACUCUUCUGCAGUGCUGCCCAACUUCAGAUGGUGCUGGAGCAGCAGUUUUGGCCAGUGAGGUCUUUGUUAGGAAGCACCAUCUUGAAAACCAGGCGGUGGAGAUUGUGGCUCAGGAGAUGGUGACUGACUUUCCUUCCACAUUUAGCGAAAACAGCUGCAUUAAGAUGGUGGGAUAUGACAUGUCUCAGCGAGCAGCUGAAAAGUGCUUCAAGGCUGCCGGUCUGAAGCCAGGUGAUGUUGACGUGGUCGAGCUGCAUGACUGCUUCUCUGCCAAUGAGCUCAUCACUUAUGAGGCUUUGGGCUUGUGUGAAGAGGGUAAAGCAGGAGAACUGGUUGACAGAGGCGACAACACUUAUGGAGGCAAGUUUGUGAUCAACCCCAGCGGUGGUCUCAUUUCUAAAGGACACCCUCUUGGUGCCACAGGUCUGGCCCAGUGUGCUGAGCUGUGCUGGCAGCUGCGAGGACAAGCUGGCAGGAGGCAGGUCCCUGGGGCCAAAGUGGCUCUGCAACACAACAUUGGCCUGGGCGGAGCUGUGGUUGUCACAAUUUACAAGAUGGGUUUCCCACAGGAGUCCAGGCUCAUCAUCGGUUCAGCCGCUAGCAGCUCAGGCAGCAGUGGUCUAGAAGGGUUUAAAGCGUACCCUGUCUUCAAAGAGAUCGAGAACCAUCUACUGCAGGAAGGAGAGAAACUUGUCAAGAAGGUCGGUGGAGUGUUUGCUUUCAACGUGAAGGAUGGCCCUAAUGGAAUAGAGGCGACUUGGGUUGUGGAUGUGAAAAAUGGCAAAGGUUCUGUCACAAAUGAUCCAGGCAAAAAGGCAGACUGCACAUUGUCCAUUGGUGAUGAGGAUCUACUGGAUCUGAUGACGGGAAAGUUGAACCCGCAAACGGCGUUCUUCAAAGGGAAGCUGAAGAUCACUGGGAACAUGGCCAUGGCCAUGAAGCUGCAGAACCUCCAGGUGACAGCAGGCAAAGCCAGGUUGUGAGGCCUUGGAAAUGCUUGUUGUGCAACUCUAAUGUUUAGAACUAGGUUCAUGUUGAAUUCAUCAAAAACUAAAUUUAAGGCUUUGAUUAUGUGCCCAGCUUAGUGUCAAGAGGUGGUCUGCGAAGCUGCUUCAAUAUGUUUUUCCUCCUAUGAAUCAGUGAACAGAGCUGUUCUUUAUGCUUUAUGUCCUAAAAAAUGAUCACAAUGUGGAUUUUACAGCACAAAAGGCCUUAACUGAUCCUGUGUUUAGAAAAGUUUUAAUUUGACUGAAUUAAGCUAUUUGAAGCUGCUUUUGACCCUGAGUUCUUGAAAAAUAAUAAUUACAAGAAUGUGAAUAUAAAAGAUCUAAUGUUUGUAAAAUAAAAUGUUUUUCUCUCCAAA